AUGCCAUUCCUUCGCCCCGCGCCCCGCAUCAUAUACCGUGCCAUCCAAACCCGCACGUUCGCAACUGCACAAACCCCAGCCAUCAAUGUCAAAAACAUCCCCGCGCCCCAUUGCGGAAGCAUACGAGUUCUCUCCUUGAAUCGACCCGCAGCGCGCAAUGCGAUUUCCAGGCAAUUGCUCGCGGAACUGAGCCACCAGGUCAAUAGCAUCCACGACGAGGGAGACAAUGGGCCAACGCGGGCGUUGAUCCUGGCCAGCGAUGUCGACUCGAGUUUCUGCGCAGGCGCAGAUUUGAAAGAACGAGCUACGUUUACUCAGGAAGAAACAGCAAACUUCCUCGCGUCGCUACGAGGAACGUUUACAUCGAUUUCGCAAUUGCCUAUUCCCACCAUUUCCGCUCUUGCAGCACCGGCGUUUGGUGGUGGCCUUGAGUUGGCACUUACGACACAUAUGCGCGUCUUUGGUUCUACGACUACAGUCGCUCUCCCGGAAACCCGUCUUGCAAUCUUACCGGGUGCAGGAGGAACUUACCGACUCCCUGCAGUCAUUGGGCUCUCGCGCGCCCGCGACAUGAUCUUGACUGGAAGACGAGUUGCAGCACCUGAAGCUUACUUCCUGGGGUUAUGCGACCGGUUAGUAGAGGUUACGCCAGAGGUUGCGAAGGAGGAAGGAGCUGCAAGGAAGAAGGUUCUUGAGGAGGCAAUCAACUUGGCAAUGAACAUUUGCGAGGGCGGACCAAUUGCCAUCAGGGCUGCGCUGGCAGCGGUCGAGGGCUGUGCGUUGGGCGAGAAGGCCGAGAAUGCUGCGUAUGACCGUGUGGUCAGGACUAAGGAUCGCGACGAGGCUCUUCUUGCCUUUAGGGAGAAGCGGAAACCCGUCUUCAAGGGCGAGUAA